AUGGUUUCUCACAUUAUCAGGCCUUAUGGUCUGUCUGAAGUUUAUCGCCCUCCAAGCGGUGCCCAUACCGUUGACAUUGUUUUUGUCCAUGGUUUGAAUGGAAACGCUCACGAUACUUGGACCAGCAAGUCAAACAAAUGCUUCUGGCCCUCAGAAUUGUUGCCUCGAAUGCUCGCUCCUAUUCAUCCUCGCAUCUUGACUUACGGUUACAAUUCCAAUGUCAUUUCCUUCACGGAUGGUACCUCAAACGACUCGAUCGUCAGCCAUGCAGAGACUCUAGUGUCUACUCUUGGUGCUAACCGCAAUAUCCGCGGAAACCCUAAGUGCCCAAUUAUCUGGGUUUGCCACUCCCUCGGUGGUCUGGUUGUCAAACGUGCUCUUAUUCACAGUCGCAGCUUGUCCAGCGAGAAGACUGAGCAUGGGCGUGCUCUUUAUGUUUCAACUUUCGGUAUCCUCUUUUUGGGAACACCCCAUAACGGCUCUGACAUCGCCAAAUGGGGCCUCUUGCUGCACAACAUAUUCACAGCUGUUCUGCCCAAAAAGUUCAUGGAAGGGUCACCUCAGCUGAUCCAGUCUCUUCGUACCAAUAGCGAGGUCCUUCAGAACAUCAACGGCCUUUUCUCUGACAUCAUGGGACGGUACCGCAUCUAUUUCUUCCACGAGACUCAAUCUACCGAUUUGAAGGGAACCCGACAGAAGGUCGUUGACGAGAUGUCGGCGGCCCCUUACAUCGAUGGGGCGGAACGAAUGGGUAUCGAAGCCGAUCAUAGCCACAUGUGCAAGUUCGAGGACGCCGAUGCUCCAGGAUAUGAGGUCGUGGCAGAAGCCAUUCUCCGAUACUCUCGACAAGCUCCCACUUUGAUCCGCGUACGCUGGCACGAUGAGGAGGAUAUGCGUUCCCAGGAGAAGCGCGCAAAGGCCCGAGAGAUUUACGAUAAUGAAAGUGAUGCGGCGAUAGGGCGCAGUAUGCCUGAUUUGAACACUGCUGUAGUGCGCAAACUGCCCCGAGCACCCGCCACCGAAGGACGUAGUUCCCCUGUCUCCGAUAUGGAGAACAGCGGUUUUAUGCAAGUCUCUCAAUAUUCAACGAAGGAGACACAGUUUUUCGUUGCACCUCCCGGUUUUCAUCCAAACAGAGUAUUUUUCGGCAUGGCUAAGGAGCUCGAAUCUCUUCACAACCGCUUGUUCAAGGCUAAGCGUCGUGCUCAUCAACUGAUAGCAGUUCUUAUCACGGGAACCCCAGGUUCUGGGAAAACUCACCUUGCUCGCCAGUACGUUUUCAUGCACCGCCAGUCGUAUCCGGGCGGAAUAUUCUGGAUUGAUAGUAGGUCUCGAGAAUCUGUGUUCAAAGGGUUCUGGGAGAUUGCACAAGCAGUGCCAGUCAUUGAUGACAAGGAAGCAGAGGAUCAUGAGUUCCAGCAAACUGGCUCUUAUGUAAACUCAGUGCGCAAAUGGCUCCAGAAACGCGAGGAGUGGCUUCUGGUCUUUGACGGUAUUAGUUUUGAGAGCGAUGAAGCCCUCAAUCUCUUCAAAUCCUUUCUGCCAUGGGGUCAGCGCUGCAGCAUCCUUUACACAUCUGUUGACAAAACCCUGCGCAGAAAGCAACGCCUAUUCGAGCCAUUUUGUUUGAACAUUUCUCCCCUUGGGGUCGAAGACGCCUGCCGGCUCCUUUUCAAGGACCUUGGAAUCAAGAAUCCAACGUCUGAACAGGCCGCCAAGGCAAGAGAGGUUGUCGACUACUUUGAAUGCUUGCCAUUAGCCAUUCACGCAAUUGGUCACCGUCUCAGUGCGAUGGGCAAACCAAUUGAGAAGUACCGUAUUAAACGGCAAAUGACGGAUGCAAAGCUUGCAGAGCCGUAUCUUAGUAUUAUGAACGAUCUGUGUCGCUUGGAGCAAAAGCCGGCUCUCUAUCUUGUGAACCUCCUAUCAUUUUUGGGUCACCAUGUCCCCGUGGCACUUCUUAAUUUUGGAAAGCAUGCAAUUGCCGAUGGAGGUGCAGAUAUAUUGACCAGUGUUCGAAUUGGAGAAGAGCCAGAUCUGGAUACUACACUUGGCAUUCUAAUUCGACAUGGCCUGAUUGAGCGAAGCAUUGACGCCGAUCAGUUCUCUGCGGCACAAAUCGGUCCAAAGCAACCCUCGGAUUCCGAUGACAACAACGUCAAACCAGUUCCAGAGCUGACCACUUCACUGACCGAGACCAGCCAAGAAGGAUUCUUCUCAAUAUAUCGCGGUACCAGUGCAGUGGACGUCGUCAAGAUUCAUAGUGUGCUACAAGGAUUCUGUCGUGAUGAGCUUCGCAUUAAAGACGAGGAGAAUACUAGUGAAGGACUGGUAUACGAUCUCACUUAUCAAGAAAUGUGGCUCAUUACCAUCACUCGAUUUCUGUGUACUUCUUAUGCUGUUGCUCAAGAGAAAAUUGCCCACUACAAUGACUGCGGUAUCGUUCGCGAUUAUCGAGAGUACGAAACACAUGUAUCAGCGCUUCUUGCUCAUUUCCCCAAAAGGAUAACUGCUACUGCUGCUACUACUGCUUCGUCAACAGCACUCCGCGAAGCACGAGAUAACCUGAAACGGGUGCUGAAAAACAUAAGCGAAGAGAUUGAUCGACUGUCUCCAGAGUCUUCUCAGCAAGAGGCUCGCAACCAAAAGUCGGUUUUCGAUCAGUCGAGUAGCUCUUCAGAGUUCUCGCCGUCGUCAACUGAUGAGGAAUCACCCGGUGUCGUGCGUAGGUUAACCUGGGACUGGACGGAGACGGAACAAAGCUCGCCAGCGGUUGAAUCGCCUGAAAACGUGAAGCCCACUCAUCAAUUUCGACUGGAUGUAUUUCCUCCGCAUGUAUUCAGAGAGGGGAGCAAGGGCUAUCAGUCGGGAAAUGAAUCCGACCGAGAAACUAAGGAAACCAAGAGCGCAGUGGACAUGUCCCCGUCGCCUUCCCACAUGAGUCAGGCCACUCUCAAGCCAUUGCCAGCGACCUUGUCAUCAAGUUCUCUAGCACAGUCAGACUUCCCAGUUUCAUCCGAUGACAAGGACUGGCAGGUAGUCUUGGGUUCGUCCAAAAAGAGCAGACGGGGAAAUCCACCAAGCUUGAUCAAGCCCGUCGCACCACUGGUCAAGCUUUCCUCGGUUCAAGGCGAAGGAUCGUGCUAUGAAUUGUCUUCCGGAGAAAGGGUGCGACAGGAGUUAGUCGCAGCUCGUCGGACUAUCUCUAGUCACUCAAAGCGCGAAAACGUGAAGCCGCCACCAACAUUGAUGUCAGCCAGCAUAAGAACUUCGCCGACAUGGGCCAAUAUCGCAGCCAGGAGCACUAUCGCAGCCCGAAGCACAGAUGUGCCAAGCCAUCAACAAUUUAUCAUGCCCUACGAUUUUCAUCAGCCCCAGAUGAGUUCGUCCAUGGAGACAGUACAAGCGAUAUCCAUGUCGUUGCCACAGGAGCUACAAUCACAAGAGGUUAUGGUAGACCCAUUAACAAGAUCUACGUACAGUGAACCUGAUAACGAACUUCAGCUCAGAGAUUUAAAUCUCCAUACGGCUCCUGGGUCCAGGCGUCAGUCCCUGGCAGUCGGCCUGGUGCCCGUACGGGAUCUAUCUGCCAGUACGCCCUCCCUCGUACCACAACAACAUAACGCAUCAUGGGGCGACGCUGUGGUAAUUAAUCGGACCCGCCUACGUCCUUCAAUCAAAGAUCUUGGUCAGUUUCCUGCCUCGGCCCCGGAAUUUGUCAAGCGGGCCCACCCAUCCGCCAUUAUGCCCGGCGGUCUUCCCCAUAUCCAAUCGGUGCCUGAAGUGCCGAGGUAUCGGUCUAGGGAACAGCCAGCUCCAGAUCCAUUAUCCCGCGCGGCUCCGGAACAGAUCUGGAACCCUCGGAUGUACCAGCCGCCGACGGAUGUCAUUCGAACUGUGACUCAAAUUAUCCCGACACAAGCCGCAAGUGGAAGCUGGAAUGUGGAAAUACUUCCAACAAACUCCGUAAUGGGCAGUGCCGUCCAGACCGAAACGGUCUAUCUUGCUCCGCCCGUCCGCCAGCGACUGGGCUCACUGGAUGAGCGAUUGCAAAGCAUCAAUCCAAACCAGAACCCAGAAACCCGGCCCACACAUCUCUUGACCUUCGGUGGACAUCGCAUUGAUGUUCAAGGUGCCCGCGAUCGUCUCAAUGAAGUUGAUCCCCGCCUUUAUCCUGGUUAUGAAGUAUACCAGCAGGGAUUGGAAGGUUCUUUCGUCCAAGAUAGCGAACUUGUCUACACGACUGCUCCAGCUUUAGAGCGGCGACCACGAAGCACCAGUUCGCCAGAAAGAUCAGGCUAUGGUGGUCUUGGUGUUCGAUUUGGCUGA